AACCACUACCCCAACGACCACAACCACUAUGCCAACUAUAACUACCACUAGCCCAACUACAGCAACCACUACCCCAACUACAACAACCUCAGCUGAAGCACUUGUGUGUGAAACUUGCACAAAUGCUAACUGUUCAACCACAGCAGCAGUUACAUGUCCCACAGGCACGAUGUGUAUCACAGCUUCCAUUCAAGCCUUUUCAUCUGGGACUCCUGGACAGCAAAUCUACAAGGCCUGUGCACCCCCCUCCCUGUGUCCAUCCACAGGCUCUCAGACAUUUUCAGUUAACUUGGGUCUUUCGAGUGCACUUGCAAGUGUUACAUGCUGCAGCACAGACAACUGCAACUCCGUCACUCUGCCUUACCCUGCGGUUCCAGCAGAUAACAGUCUACAGUGUCACGUUUGUAACCCCAGCACCUCUGAUUGCAGCCUUUCAAUACAAUGUAAGGGAACAGAGGAUCGCUGCUUUCAAGCCAGUGUGACAAAUGGGGCCGGCACUUCUCCAGCAUGUGGCUGUGCAUCUUUAAAUCUGUGUGAAGCUGCUACCAUCCUGGGGACACUGCCUUUCAUGCAAGAUGUUGGUACCAUUACCAGUGGACCAGCCUGUUGUGGGACUAGUUUGUGUAACACUCUCACUACAACAACAACAACCACUACCCCAACAAUAACAACAACUACCCCAACAACAACAACCACUACCCCA